GGAGGGAGGCGGAGGGGCGGGGCGGCGGGAGGGCGCGGCCCAGGCCCCGCCCCCCCGGGGACUCUGGCGGCGCGGGCGGCGGGCUCGACAGACGCACCGACGCGGAGCGGCCCGUCCACAACCCCGUCCGCAGCCGGUCCCGCCGCCGCCGCGUUCCCUGGAGCGAGGAGCCCCCGCCGGAACCGACAGGAACCGACCAGGAACCGAAAAUGCCGAAGCCGAUCAAUGUCCGGGUCACCACCAUGGAUGCGGAGUUGGAGUUCGCCAUCCAGCCCAACACCACGGGAAAGCAGCUCUUUGACCAGGUGGUGAAGACCAUCGGCCUCCGGGAGGUGUGGUACUUCGGCCUCCAGUACGUGGAUAACAAGGGGUUUCCGACCUGGCUGAAGCUUGACAAGAAGGUGUCGGCCCAGGAGGUCAGGAAGGAGAAUCCCCUGCAGUUCAAGUUCAGGGCCAAGUUCUACCCCGAAGACGUGCCUGAGGAGCUCAUCCAGGACAUCACGCAGAAGCUGUUCUUCCUCCAAGUGAAGGAGGGCAUCCUGAGCGAUGAGAUCUACUGCCCCCCGGAGACGGCCGUGCUGCUGGGCUCCUACGCCGUGCAGGCCAAGUUCGGAGACUACAACAAGGAGAUGCACAAGUCCGGCUACCUCAGCUCCGAGCGGCUGAUCCCCCAGAGAGACAGCGCCAUGCUGGAGUACCUGAAGAUCGCCCAGGACCUGGAGAUGUACGGCAUCAACUACUUCGAGAUAAAAAACAAGAAGGGAACAGACCUGUGGCUCGGAGUGGACGCCCUGGGCCUGAAUAUCUAUGAGAAGGAUGACAAGUUGACCCCAAAGAUCGGCUUCCCGUGGAGUGAGAUCAGGAACAUCUCUUUCAACGACAAGAAGUUUGUCAUCAAGCCCAUCGACAAGAAGGCGCCAGACUUCGUCUUCUACGCCCCGCGCCUGCGCAUCAACAAGCGCAUCCUGCAGCUCUGCAUGGGCAACCACGAGCUGUACAUGCGCCGCCGGAAGCCCGACACCAUCGAGGUGCAGCAGAUGAAGGCGCAGGCCCGCGAGGAGAAGCACCAGAAGCAGCUGGAGCGGCAGCAGCUGGAGACGGAGAAGAAGAGGCGGGAGACUGUGGAGAGAGAGAAGGAGCAGAUGAUGCGGGAGAAGGAGGAGCUGAUGCUCAGGCUCCAGGACUACGAGCAGAAGACCAAGAAGGCCGAGAAAGAGCUCUCGGACCAGAUCCAGCGGGCCCUGCAGCUGGAGGAGGAGCGGAGGCGGGCGCAGGAGGAGGCCGAGCGCCUGGAGGCGGACCGCAUGGCCGCGCUGCGCGCCAAGGAGGAGCUGGAGCGGCAGACGGUGGAUCAGAUAAAGAGCCAGGAGCAGCUGGCGGCCGAGCUGGCCGAGUACACGGCCAAGAUCGCGCUGCUGGAGGAGGCGCGCCGGCGCAAGGAGGACGAGGUGGAGGAGUGGCAGCACCGGGCCAAGGAGGCCCAGGAUGACCUGGUGAAGACCAAGGAGGAGCUGCAGCUGGUGAUGACGGCGCCGCCGCCCCCGCCGCCCCCCGUGUACGAGCCGGUGGCCUACCACGUCCGCGAGAACCUGCAGGAGGAGGGCCCCGAGGACUCGGGCUGCAGCGCCGAGCUGUCCAGCGAGGGCAUCCUGGGCGACCGCAACGAGGAGAAGCGGGUCACCGAGGCCGAGAAGAACCUGCGUGUGCAGCAGCAGCUCAUGACUCUGUCCAGCGAGCUGUCCCAGGCCCGAGACGAGAACAAGAGGACCCACAACGACAUCAUCCACAACGAGAACAUGCGGCAAGGCCGCGACAAGUACAAGACGCUGCGGCAGAUCCGCCAGGGCAACACCAAGCAGCGCAUCGACGAGUUCGAGGCCAUGUGAGCGCGGAGGGCGGCGGGCCCGCGGCCGCAGACGGACACUGUCUCCGUAGUUCUCUGUUGGCCCCCGUCCCAGCCCGUUAAGGAGAGCGGCUGUCUCCGGAAUGUCCGGGCUGGGACGGGGGCUCCCUGCUAUUCCCCAUUGUAUCAUAGUGCCAAACGGGCCUGAUUUUCUGCUGUUAUCGAAUCACUUCCUGUCUGCCGGGCAGGCCAUCGAAUCAAGGAAAGGCCGCUGCGCGCCGCGGGCAGCUCCGUGCGGGUGUGAGCGCCGUGUCUGAAGCGACCGGUGGCUCGUCCGUGCCAUACGCCUGUGUUUGACAUGAGCUCAGAGCAAUAGAUCCACUGGUUUCUUGAAGGAGGCAUCUCUGCAUUCAUGUCUGAGGCUUAGACACUGGUGGGCAGCACCCACACGUGCACAGGGACUCGCUCCCGGCGGCCCCGGCCCGCAGUCCGAUCAGCAGCACGGAGGACACGCUUAGAUAAACGCCUGUUAACAGUAGGGGCUCCGUGGCUGGGCUUCCCCUGAUUAAUACUGAUCAGCUAUAGAAUGAUAUUUAUAUAUAAGCAAUAAUAGGGGUUUGUAACGUUAGUUAAAAGGGGAAACUUGUUCUGUAUAUUUUGUUACCUUUUAAAGAAUAAUAAAAGAACAUGAAAAC